AUGGCGAGCGACACGGUGCAAUGUCCGGUUUGUUCUAAUGACUUUACCUCCGAUGAGAUUAAUGGUCAUCUCGACGUUUGUCUACUGAAAAGCCACACCGAGAACAGUCGUUUGUGUCAGGACUCUAAUGAUGGACCAUCAAAAAAGAAGUUUUGUUCCGAAGUAGCGCCAAAGCGAUCUAGUGGAGACCCGGAGACCCCUUCCUCCUCGGGUGUUUUCUCCAUGUUUCACCAAAAUAAAAGUAAAAGUUCAGCUCAAAUUGAUAUAAAUUCUCCUAACACAAAACCUUUUGGCGGCGCUGUUAACAAGGGAAUUAAACGUACUUUUGCGGUCGGUUCUGAAGCAGAACCCGAAUGUUCGGGAGCACGAAUUAAGAGUGAGGGAGUGACCCUGAACGCAACACGUACCCUGUGUUUACGGACCCUGUUAUCAUCAAACAAACCACUUGCGGAGGUCUUGAGGCCCAACACGCUGGAGGAAUAUUUUGGUCAAAGUAAAGUUGUCGGCGAACAAACCCUCCUCCGAUCCCUGUUGGACUGCCAAGAAAUACCUUCUUUCAUCCUGUGGGGACCACCAGGAUGUGGCAAGACCACUCUGGCUCACAUCAUUGCCAGCAACAGUAAGAAAAAGGGCACGUCUCGUUUUGUGACGCUCUCCGCCACCAGCGCCUCUGUUGCCGAUGUGCGAGAAGUCAUCAAACAAGCACAGAACGAGUUGCGGCUAUGCAAGCGCAGAACUAUACUAUUCAUUGACGAAAUCCACCGCUUCAACAAAUCCCAACAGGACACGUUCCUUCCUCACGUCGAAUGCGGAACAGUGACUCUGAUAGGUGCCACCACCGAAAAUCCGUCCUUCCAGGUGAACUCAGCUCUGCUCAGCCGCUGCAGGGUGCUGGUCCUUGAGAAGCUCUCGGUCGAGGCAAUGGGCUCGAUCCUGGACCGAGCGGUGACGGCACUCGGGAUCACUGUGCUGGAAGGGGAUCAAUCCGACCUCGAAUGGCCAGACCACCGAGCGGAUGGAAAUGAAUUGAAAGUUUAUAUCGAGCAAAAAGCUCUGGACACAAUCGCCCACCUGUGUGACGGUGACGCUCGGACGGGGCUCAACAGUCUGCAACUGGCCGUUCAAGCUCAGGUCAGGUUGACCCAGGAUUCCACCCAGGAAAUUCUUGUGAAGGAAGAACACAUCAAGGAGGGUCUCCAGAAAUCUCAUAUUCUUUACGACAAAGCAGGCGAAGAGCAUUUCAACUGCAUCUCAGCAUUGCACAAGUCCAUGAGAGGCUCCGACCAGAACGCCGCCCUCUACUGGCUGGGCCGCAUGCUCGAAGGUGGGGAGGAUCCGCUCUAUGUGGCUCGCCGGCUGGUCCGCUUUGCUAGCGAAGAUGUGGGUAUCGCAGAUCCCCUCGCUCUUCCUCAGGCUGUGUCCGCUUUCCAAGCCUGUCACUUCAUUGGGAUGCCUGAAUGUGAGGUGAUCCUGGCUCAGUGUGUGGUGUAUCUUUCCCGGGCAGCCAAAUCCGUGGACGUGUACAAGGCCUACAACAACGUGAAGGCAUGUCUGAGGAACCACAAAGGUCCCCUUCCUUCCGUUCCACUCCACCUACGCAAUGCACCCACACGUCUUAUGAAGCAGUUGGGCUACGCCAAGGGCUACAAAUACAAUCCUGCCUUCUGCACACCAGUGGAGCAAGAGUAUCUACCUGAAGAGCUGCGAGGCAUUGACUUUUUCACCUGGACGCCAUCAGAAGCAUGA